GGAACGGUCAUAGCGAAAGACCCUGACCUCGAUUUGCUUCACUUCGAACCUUUCCUGAAGUCGCCUGUGAGGAAGAUUCUGUUCGAUUAUCUGCUCCACGAGUUUCCAUGGUAUAGGGUCACCUACAAGAUCCGGGGAACGACAAUCAACACACCGCGAUGGACCUGCGUUUGGGGAUGCGAUGAUUCAGGCGUACCGGAUACCAAAUACAAGAUACAACCGCGUCCGAUUCCUGCUGCAUUGAGGGAGCUGAAGAGACAAGUUGAAGUGAAGACCGGGGACUACUUCAACUUCGUGCUGUGUAAUUACUAUGCCGAUGGUAAAGACUCGAUAUCGUGGCACAGCGACGACGAAUCGUUCCUCGGUCCUCUACCCACAAUAGCGUCGCUCUCCCUUGGUUCUUCGCGAGAUUUCUACAUGAAGCACAAGACGGACAAGACCGCGAAGCAAGAGAAGUGGACAUUACACAAUGGAGACAUGAUUGUGAUGCGUGGGCGCACACAAAGCCAAUGGCUUCACAGCGUACCCAAGAGGGCCAAUGCUGGAGGGAGGAUGAAUUUGACUUUCCGGCGAGCCGUGAAUGCAGCCGGAACCAAUAAUUACUAUCGGUACAAUGUGGGAGAGGGACCCGUGUACCGGUGGAGGAACGGGCAA